UCCGGACUCGGACCGGACCGCACCGCACCGCGCUCUGCCCGACACCUCCGGAAACUUUCAGCCCACUUCCGGCAUUUCAGCUCGUGCAGGUGCGGCGCGCGAUGAGCAGUGACGUGUGCUGUGUGUCUGAAGCGCGGCGCGUGGCGCUGUUCGGCGGCACGCACGGGAACGAGAUGUCCGGCGUCGCGCUCGUGUCCGUGUGGAGCAGAAACAGGGCUGAGAUCCAGAGGCGCGGGGUGAACACACAACCCUUCAUCUGCAACCCGAGGGCCGUGGAGAAAUGCUGCAGGUACAUCGACACGGACCUGAACCGAGCCUUCACAGAGGAGAACCUGCGCACGCCAGGUGGAGACGGGCUGCCGUAUGAAGUUCAGAGAGCCAAGGAAAUCAAUCAGAUAUUUGGACCAAAAGGAAGUCCUGAUGCCUAUGAUGUUAUCUUUGACCUCCAUAACACCACGUCCAACAUGGGCUCCACGCUCAUCCUGGAGAGCUCGACAGACCACUUCAACCUUCAAAUGGUGCAUUAUAUCAAAAAAGCCAUGGCUCCGGAGAGCUGCAUGGUGCUGGUGAAUGAACAUCCUCAACUCAAAUAUGCAACCGCCCGCUCAGUGGCCAAGCACUCUGUUGGUCUUGAAGUGGGUCCCCAGCCUCAGGGAGUGUUGAGAAGCAAUAUCUUCGAGUCCAUGCGGAUGAUAGUGAAGCACGCUCUGGACUUCAUCGAGCUGUUUAAUAGCGGCGUGGAGUUUCCAGCCUGUCGUGUGGAAGUGUUCAGGUUGCAUGAGAGAGUGGAUUACCCAAGAGACACAAACGGCAACAUCAGCGCUAUGGUACAUCCUCACUUACAGGAUUGUGACUGGGAGCCCCUGAACCCCGGUGACCCAACAUUCCAAACAUUUGACGGGAGGACCAUUGUGUACGAGGGAGCCGGUCCAGUCUACCCGACGUUUAUUAACGAAGCCGCCUACUAUGAGAAGCACCAGGCCUUCGUUACCACCUGCAGGGAAACGCUAGCUGUUAACGCCAUUCGAAAAAACACCAAAUAACCAGCACUAGAAGAAAAACCCACCAUAAGAUCUCUAACUACAGCAACUGCUCUCAUUUAUUAUUAUUUUUAUACAGUUUUUACAGAAAUGUUUCACUUCUAAUUCUAAUAAUUCAAACUCAG